CAUCGAGGCUGCUGUGUGGGAGGAACACUGCGUUAAGAAGGACGAGGCACGAGCAGAAAAGGAUAGGGACAAACAACUUGCAAAUAACACCACCUUGGUUGCAUGCAUGGAUCUGCAGGGCCUUCUCCUCUGCCCAAAGCUUCAAGCGUCUGCCCUCUACUACAAAAUGAAGCUUGGUGUCCAUAAUUUUACCAUCUACAAUAUGGCAUCACAUGAAGCGACAAAUUACCUUUGGCAUGAGGGUGAGGGGGGGGUCUCUGCCAAUGAGUUUGCCUCCUGCAUUGUGGACUAUCUUGAAACACACCUCACUUACACUGAAUUCAUUCUUUGGAGUGAUGGGUGUGGUUAUCAAAACCGAAACCUGGUCCUGAGCAAUGCCCUCUUAAAGUUUGCCACUGACAGAAAAAAGCAAGUGACGCAGAAGUACCUUCAAAGAGGCCACACACAGAUGGAAUGUGACUCUGUGCACAGUGUGAUCGAAAGAAAGUUAAGGAACCGAGAUGUACAUGUUCCAGCUGAGUAUGCUGCAGUCAUUCGGGGAGCUCGUUCAAGUCCAAAACCAUACGAGCUGAAGUAUGUUGAUUACAGCUUUUUCCAAGACUUCAGCAAAGUGAAAAUCUGCAAGUCAAUUCGACCUGGUAGCAAAGCAGGCGAUCCUACGGUGCAUGACCUCCGAGCAGUCAGAUACAAUGUGGACGGCAGUAUGGAGUUCAAAUUACUCCACUCCGACAACUGGCAACCCUUCACAUCCCCAUCCCUGAGGAAGGCGUGUGUCAGCGUGGCCCCACUCUAUACAUCCCCCCAGAAAAUUAAAGCACUGAAGUUCAAGCACCUUCAAGAACUGAAACAUGUCUUACCGAAGGACUUUCAUCCAUUUUAUGAUGCACUUGACCAUGAGUGAUGGUCAGCUCAAAUAGCACAAACAAUAACAUACACACCACUAUUAAACAUUAUUUAUUUAUUUAUUGAUAAAAGCCAGUGUGGUUUUUCUGACUACCUAUAUAAAUGUCUUAUUGAUUAAUGUAUUAAUGAAAUGUUAUAUUUAUUGAGUAUUGACAAGUAAUUGUUUAUGUGCAUGUUUGAAAAUGACUUGGUUUUAUCUGUUGAACUCUUGGAAUUCCUAUCUGCCAAUCUGACAGGAAAGACAUGAUUAAAAUCUUGCAUUUAGGCAAGUUGCUAUUUUAUAAUUCCACCUGUAGUAGCAGUAGUGAGUCUAAUUAGCCGUAACUGCUUAAACAGGAACGGGCUAGUUGGAGUUUAGUGAAAUGGCAGCUUCAUUUUUCCUUUUCUUUUCUGCAAUACAGUGCCAAAUAAAUAUUAUUUUGAUGAUAGCCGGGUGAGACAAUAGCUUUCCUUUAGAGUAGGCUUAACUUUAUCGCAAGAAAAAGUUUUCCCCUUGUCGCCUGAGACGUAGGUCAAGGAGUGGAGGAGUGACACAAUUACGGUAGGUCUAACGUUACAACCUCUGUAUAGCUGAUGUGUACUGAUUCAUUAUCGCUUCAUAGUUAGCAGGAGACAUAAAUAUGAAGGGACAAUGAAUCAGUACACUGAUUUUCAUACUGACAAGAUUAAUAGGCUAUGCUCAGUUUAUUAAAUAGCCUUAGGUUGGACGUAGGCUAUUUAAUAAACUUAGCGUAGCCUAUUCAUCUGUCAAUAUGAAACGUGACUUGCACAUUCAUGAUCGGAAGAACGCGUAUCGACCACCGUUACUGUAAAAUAUGCACGUAUGUCCAUUUAAACUCGAUUUUGGUAAAAUGUGAACUAUACCAUCACACUGGCAAUAUUACGACUACAUUUAAAGACGACGUACCAAAUAUGACAACGCUACGUUCAACUGCUUUGAAAUUAGGGUGUUUUUUUCAUUUCCUGAAAAGUAACCGUUUUGGAUGUACGCGAGUUUCAUCGGACAGCGACG